AUGGGUCCUACUCAGGGAAAGGAAUUAUCUCCUUAAAUGAGAGAUAGAGUGCUUAAGUUAUUUGCAAGAUUCGAUGUUGAUGGUUCUAAAUCAAUUGAAAAAUCAGAAACCAUUAAAUAUUGGAAAAGCAACUUUGCAAAAUUGAAUACUGAAGAAUUAUUUAAAUCUGUUGACACUGAUAACAGUGGAACAAUAUCAGAAGAAGAAUGGCUAAAUUUUUGGACAUCGGUAUUGAGGAGUGGUCACACAGAGGAAGAGAUUUCUGAUGAACUGGAGAGCAUUGAAUCAGGCUCAUCUUGGGUUAAAUUCGAGAACUUAGAUAAAAAAAAAGAGUGAAAGUAGAUAUAUUAUUUAAAUAUAU